GCACUCUUGCGCCGGCAGCAGCGCGGAUCUGUGGCAGUCCGGGCUGUCAACUGCGGUGCGGACGCCCGCUACUGCGCAGGCGUCUCAGGAAGAGCUCGGCCUCGCCCCUCUCCCUCGCGGUUCCUGUCGCUAGCAAGUACCCACGAGUACCGGAUUCCGCCAGUGCCGGGUUCCGCUAGCGCGGAGUUCCGUGCGGUGGCGAGACGCGGCGGGAGCUGCGGCGGCGACCGGAACCCUGAUUGCUGUCCUUCAACGUGUUCAUUAUGAAGUUAUUAGUAAUACUUUUGUUUUCUGGACUUAUGACUGGUUGUAGAGGUAACUCUUCAUAUAGUUUGCCACCCAAGUUACUGCUGGUGUCUUUUGAUGGCUUUAGAGCUGACUAUCUGCAGAACUAUGAAUUUCCUCAUCUCCAGAAUUUUAUCAAAGAAGGUGUCUUGGUAGAACAUGUUAAAAAUGUUUUUAUUACAAAAACAUUUCCAAACCACUAUAGCAUUGUGACAGGCUUAUAUGAGGAAAGCCAUGGCAUUGUAGCCAAUUCCAUGUAUGAUGCAGUCACAAAGAAACAUUUUUCUGAUUCUAAUGACAAGGAUCCUUUUUGGUGGAAUGAGGCAGUACCUAUUUGGGUGACUAAUCAGCUUCAGGAAAACAGAUCAAGUGCUGCUGCUAUGUGGCCUGGUACUGAUGUACUCAUUCACAAUACCACACCUUCCUAUUUUAUGAAUUAUAGCAUCUCAGUGUCAUUUGAGGAGAGAGUAAAUAACAUUACGACGUGGCUCAGCAAUUCGAACCCACCAGUCACCUUUGCAACACUCUAUUGGGAAGAACCAGAUGCAAGUGGCCACAAAUAUGGACCAGAAGAUAAAGAAAACAUGCGCAGGGUAUUGAAAGAAAUAGAUGACCUCAUUGGUUACCUAGUCCAAAAGCUCAAGAUGUUAGGAUUGUGGGAAAAUCUUAAUGUGAUUAUUACAAGCGAUCAUGGGAUGACUCAGUGUUCUGAGAACAGAUGGAUAAACUUGGAUCUCUGCAUUGAUCGUUCGAACUACAGUCUUAUAGAUUUGAGCCCAGUUGCUGCAGUGCUCCCCAAAAUAAAUAUAACAGAGGUUUAUGAGAAACUGAAAAACUGUAGCCCUCACAUGAAUGUUUAUCUCAAAAAAGACAUUCCUGACAGAUAUUAUUACCAACAUAAUGAUCGAAUUCAGCCAAUUAUAUUGGUUGCUGAUGAAGGCUGGACAAUUGUACUAAAUAAAUCAUCAUCAAAAUUAGGUGACCAUGGUUAUGAUAAUUCUUUGCCCAGUAUGCAUCCGUUCCUAGCUGCCCACGGCCCUGCAUUUCACAAAGGCUACAAGUAUAGCACCAUUAAUAUUGUGGAUAUUUAUCCAAUGAUGUGUCACAUCCUGGGAUUAAAACCACAUCCUAAUAAUGGAACCUUUAGUCAUACCAAGUGCUUGUUGGUUGACCAGUGGUGCAUUAAUCUCCCAGAAGCCAUUGGAAUUGUUAUUGGUGCACUCUUGGCAUUAACCACUCUAACAUGCCUCAUAAUAAUUAUGCAGAACAGACUAUCUGUACCCCAUCCAUUUUCCCGACUUCAACUACAAGAAGAUGAUGAUGAUCCUUUAAUUGGGUAACAUGUACUGAGAUUUAUACAAAGUGUCUUUACAUAAUCUCAAAACUAAGGAUAUAUCCUAGGAAUGAUGUUUUAACUUUUUAACCAUGAAAAAGUAUACUUUGAAAGACAACUUAGACCAAGCAUGCUAAAAUUACUUUUUUCCCUUGUGUUUUGUUUUGGUUCAUUAGCUAAUACAAAUAACCCUAUCCAUAGUAAAAAUGCUAGUAAAUCAGUUAACACCAUCUAUUUCUCUAAUUAGACAUAGCUUUUGAGAAAAAUACUCUGCUUUCUUUUUCUCUUUGCAAUGAAGAUGAUACAUUUAAAAUGAAAAUAUACCAAAUUUAGUAGCUGUGUUUUUCUAAUAAAUUUAUAUAUUUGUAAAUGAAAAAAACCAGAAAUCUUUAUGUAGUUCAUGAAUUUUAUGUAUCAGGAAGGAAAAAUUUUCUAUAUUUUUAUAUUUACCCUUAUUCAAUUUGUAUCCCAAAUAAGUCCUUGAGGUAGGAAAUUCUGUGAUGGUUAAUAAAAUUGGUUAGCCAGGCAGAAAAAAAGUUCUACCAUACAAAGAAAUCAUCUUAAGGAAAGCUAUUAAAAAUCACAUAAAAACCAAGACCAUGUGAUACAAAGCUUGAGUUGUCACUGGUGUAUGUUUAAGUCCUUUAAGCUGUUGAAAUCUCAAAAUGUAUAUCUUUUGAAGAAGAUUAUUGCUAAUGAGAAAUUCAAAAGAAAACAGAGGAAAGUGCUCUUCUCAAUUUGUGUUUAGUGGCUUUAUAUAAGUUAUUGAUGUAUGUGUAUGCACAAGUGUGUUUGCAUGUGUAGGUGUGUAGAUGUUAUUAUAAGAGGAGGUUAGAAGGGACUGGACUGUGGUCAGGUUUCCACAAUCCUGUAGAGCACAGCUCUCAGGGGAAUGUUAUUUUUGUACUUCAUUUUGGUUUAGUUUCACCUAACUCACAAUCUAAAUCUAGAACUUUAGAAAACUUGUUAUUUUUUGUUUCCAUUUUAAAUUUUUUUCCUGAAAUAUUUAAGUAUAGAGAAAUUUAUGACCUGAAUACAAUUUUGAAUUUGAUUGGGUCAUAAUGAUGAAAGGAGAUUUUUAUAUUUACUUUGUGACUUUAUAUCUUACUUUUUAGAUAGUAGAGUAGGUAAGAAAUUUAUAAAAUGGAAUUUGGAGAUAGGUGCAUUGGUACACACCUGUAAUCCCAUUUACUUUGGAGGCUGAGACAGGAGGAUCAUAAGUUGAAGGCCAACAUGGGUAACUUAGCAAGACCCAUUCUCAAAAUAAUUUUUUUAAAAGGACCAUCCAUGGACAUAGCUCAGUGUUUAGAGUGCUAGCCUGGCAUGUGGGAGUCUCUGAGUUCAGUCCUCAGUACUACAAACUUUUUUUUUUCAAGAAAAUAAGUUUAGUGUCUUCUAAUUUUUGUACCAUUCCUACGUGAAGUGACAGAAUAGUGUUAGUGCUGCCUCUGUUUUUUCCUCUAGUAUUUGGAAUCACAGAAAUAAUCAAUUUCAUAUCUUUAAAUAUAAUUCUUCAGAGCUAAGAGUUUAUGUGAAUAACUGUCAUCCUACCUUUAUUAAGUAGCACCUUCUAAUAAUUAAAAUUAAUUUGAAGAAACUGACUUGUGGCAGUAUAGAUUAUAUCCAUUGGAAAAAUUGGAUUUAAAAAUCAUUCAUCAGGACCUGAGAAAAACAAUUAAUAGUGUGGUCUUUAAAGUUUUGGCAGUAUAAAACACACUUGGUAACUGUUUUCAGAAACAGUUAUAAUCUGUAGUAAAUAUAUAGCUCAGUUAAAUGUUGAUGUCUGUGAUGAUAAAGAACAACACUGGUAUCAGUCUUAAAACAUAUAAUGUAUCUGUGGGAGUCUCUGUUAAUUUCCUGAUCCUAAUAUUUGGUGCCCAUUAUAUUUGGGAUUUUUGAGAGGCAUUUCUACACCCUGUAUAGAUAAUCCAUGCUAUUGGUUAUAAGUUGAAUUAAGAACCGUAUAGACCUGAUUUUGCUUUUUGAUAAAUUUUCUGAUUUUUUAAUUAGUUGAUCUCAAUAUAGUAAUUAAAAAGUUCAUUUCUACCUUAAUUAUCAUUUAAAAAAUAACAAUGGCUAUAAUUGUCACAUUUAAAACUUUUUUUCCUCUAAGUCAUGGAUAUUUUUGGAAAGUCUAAUAUUUUCAGAAUAUUUGAUACUAGUUGAAUGGAGCUUGGUCCUUGCAACAUUAUGGUUUUUAGUGAUUGCAUUAACUUGAUUGGUGGUUAUGAGUUUCAGAAUUCUACAGGGUAUCCAACCCUUGUGUGAAUUUUACAUAGGAUGAAAUAGAAAGGGAUGUCCUCUCAGUGUUUUAACCCCUUCACUAAGAGGUAUAUUUUGUCUUUCAUUCCAUUCUCAAAAUACUAUAUUAGGUAAAUUUUUAAUGUAUAUUGAUGAGACAAGAAGAAUAGUAUUUGUUUAAUCCAAGAGAAGUUUAUAUAUCAUUAAAUUGAACUUUAUGGUAAUUCACUUGUAUAUUUCAAAAAAAAUGAUUCCUGUAAUAGUCUGAGAAAGUCUUGUAAAAUUAGUCUUUUACAUUAAGGUUUUAAUGUGUAUUUUGUUAAAUGAUUAAUGUGCCGUUGUGUUUUCUGGGUAUUAGAAAGCAUUUCAAUAUAUAAAUAUAGAACUAUUUAUGACAACUCUCAAAGGUAAUAGGAAAACUUUGGAUUAACUUUGGUUAAUUCAGUGUGAGUUCAACAUAAGUACAUUUAUUUAUAGCAUAGGGACAAUUGUGCUGCUGUUGAUAAUGUACAAGUUUGUCUGAUAAACAGCAAUAGAAUAAAAAUAUUAUUGUACUAGGCACUAGGCUUCCUUUAAAAAUUUACAGUUAAAUUCUUAGAACAUUAAAGGAAUAAAAUGCCUUUACAGUGUUUUUGUAUCUCUCCCCCCCCUGCAAAAUCUUGUAAGCUUUAAGGAUUAUUACAUUUAAUUCCUCUUAUUUGAAGGGAUUUACUUCAUUGUUAAUGCAAAGGUAGACAUGAAGGACAAAGAUUAGAUGUAAAGUAUUUAUUAUCAAUUCUUAAAAUAAUGUGUAAAUAAAAUGAGUAUGCUUUAAAGAAAUUUGUAUGUACUACCUUAAGUUAAAGUAAAACAUAUUUUUACUGUAUUGUUUGAAUUUGUAGAUAAUGACUUUGCAUAUGAUUAAAAAAUUUAUGUGAAUAAAAUCUUCCAAAACAUUA